AUGGUCCAGGACGCUGCUGCACAGCUAUCAUCACCCCAUGACCGUCGGCGGCAGCUUAUACCCGUCGGGGAGCAACUGCUCCCGGCAAAAUGCAAAGCCAGGACGCUGGCAUACUGUCCUACCAUGGAUCUGAUUGCGUUGGCCACUGUGGAUGAGGAGCUGCGUGUUCUCAGAUUGAAUGGGCAGCGAGUCUUUGGGGGGUCAUUUUCUGGUGGGGAGCUGUCCUUUGGCGGAGAUGAGGAUGAGGAUGAGAAAGAUAAUAGUGGUGAAAUUAGGGGGUUGGUAUGGAAGGGUGAUGGUCAUCUACUUGCUGUUGCUUGCGGGGAUGGUACAAUCCGUAUCAUCAGUUCUUAUAGUGGAAAGACAGUCCAUCACUAUCCUGUAUACCAGCUACAUGAUGAUGAUGCUUCUGCUCAGCCUGCGAGACAGCGCGCCAAGGUCAGCUGUUUGGGAUGGGGCGUCAACUUCACGGACGGCGAGGCUGCACAGCGCCACUUGCAUGAUGCCUCUGGACGAAUUACAAUCGAGGACUUAUUAUCACCGGACACUCAUAUCUCCAAGGCUACCGCUUACCUUAAAGCUGAUCUGCCCAGAGAGUUGGCAUUGUUGGACAUAACGAGCUCGUUGCCGAAAUUGAGCACUUUGCCUGGAACGGGGAGCGACGAUGAUGUGUUUAGCUCUCGGGCGUCCAUCGAUGCUAUUUUCCAUUCAACAAAAAACACUAGCGACUCUGUAGAUGUCCUUGUGGUAGGGUUUGACGACGGAACGGUGCACUUGCGUAUUUUUGACUGCUUCGAGAUUGGGUCUGUUCGAAUUGGGACUCCUGUCCCGCAGUCGUGCCGGAUUCUUUUACACGCCUCGCAUCCUCUGAGCUCCACGCAUGCGUUGCUCGCAGCAGCACCAUCUCAAGAUGGCGGCCAGGACGUCUUACAUCUACUUACUCUCGACCUCCGUUUUAUCACUAAUUCGGGCCGGUACCUGUCACUUCUCGCUUCCAAGACGACACAACUGCAGAAUCUGCUCAGGUACAUUGGUCAGGUACAGAGGCAGAUCGAGCUCGAAUGGAAGAACACGCAGGAACUGCCAACAAGGUACAUGCGUAACAUAAAUGAAGACCUUCAAGAAAAGUGCAAUUGUGAUUUUGUAACUGCAUUAUAUCAUCUAGUUGUCACCGGCGACUGCUUUGAGCCUCUCAAGGAGUUUCUUGUGGACAUCGUUGGGGAAAGAGGGCAUAAGCGGUGGGAGAAGGCCGUUUCAGCCGGUUAUGAGAAUAUUCGUCGAUUGGCACAUGAGUGCCUUCUUCCGGCGUUGGAAAGGUCUCAAGUCCUCCUCAGUCGGCUCACCGGUCUCUCUAAGUUUCAGAAACUCAGUGAUGUCCUGGGGCUGGAAACUUCUAGCCUGAAUGCAGUGGUGGAAACGCUGGAUUGCCUUUAUCUCCUGGGGCAUAAUAUCUUGAUUCAUGCCAACGAAGAGCUCGGCCAGUUUCUUGCGUUCUCACGAUGGCUUCGCCAUGAAAUUGAGGUGCAGAGCGCGGAGCCUAUGUCCCAGACCCUGGAGGAGUUAAUGGAAAAGGCCGAUACGAUAGAGUAUCCCCCGACCUUGAAAUACAUACGCGGUGCACUGACCAAAAGCGCCCUGCGGAAUUUCAUCCAGCAGCUACCCAUGAUGGGAUUUGGAAGACCGCCUCCUGCUCCGCCGUCUAUUAUAGAGAAAUGGGCGCUUAUCGGUCAGGAUCGUUCGUUUUUUGACAUGUUCAGCAAGCUGCUUGCUCAGCAGAACAAACAGGGCGAAAAGGACCAGGCCACGCCCGAUGAUACUACCCAGUCAGAGCUUCCUAAACUUCACGAGUUGAUUAGGCGUCUAGGGUUGCAGUUUGAGAGUGUGUUUGAACAGAUCGCAUUAACGCAACGCCGGGGCAUACUUCAUCGGUCGGCACUUACACUCCAUCCAGACUGUGACAAGGAUGUUAUUGAUAUUACUAUGUGUUACGAGGAUAACGACAAGCCCUGUUCGAUCUACGUUGCUACAAGAUCCAUAAAGUCAAAGGAAAUUUUAUUUAUCUAUCGCGCGACCUUUAAUUUAGUGAACGGCGUCAGUUCAACGAGGCAAGCGUCCGUUGCCCCCGUCUCAUUUCAGGAAGGGGAGAUCCACCAGGUGCAGUUUGUCGACGACAGUACGCUCAUGGUUCUUUGGUCGGACAACAAAGGAUUCUUUCACCUUGUCAAUAUCCCAAUAUUCCAGUCAGAGACGACGGAUUCCCACCUCUCGCCGCCGCUUUCUAUCAAUGGUCUUCCCAAUGAGUCUUGCCUCCUAACAUCUCCGCAAUCUGCUACGGUGCUCACAACGUUGGACCUUGUGUCACCUUCUGCGGGAUCCUUGCGAGCGGAUCUAAUCAAGCAUACUUUCCCGCAGUCCGGUCCCAAGUCGAGGCCCGUACGGAUUGAAGUUAAUGGACACAAGAGUCGCAGGGCAGUGUGCGUUCUGUAUGCGGAAGGGCUGAGGUAUGAGGUGUUUGAUUUGGAUACUGAAAUGGGGGAUGAAGUUGAGGAAGGGUGA